AUGGAGGACCACAUGACGGGGCACAACAAGGAGAAGCGUUAUGAGUGCGACGUGUGUGGCAAGGCCUGGCAGACCCCGAGUGAGGUGGAGACCCACCGGCGGGUUCACACGGGAGAACGCCCCUUUGACUGCUCGGAGUGCAGCAAGAGCUGCACCAACCUGCUGCGGCACAACUGCCUGCACUCUGGCGAGAGGCCCUUCACCUGCUCCGACUGCGGCUUGAGCUUCAAGACGAUGAAUCACCUGAAGAUGCACCGCCGGGUGCACACGGGCGAGAAGCCCUUCAGCUGCUCCACCUGCGGCAAGAGCUUUGCCCGGUUGAUGGCGCUGCAGGAGCACCGGCGGGUGCACACGGGCGAGAAACCCUAUGGCUGCUCCACCUGCGGAAAGAGCUUUGCCCGGUCGACGGGGCUAUUGCAGCACCGGCGGGUGCACAGCAGUGAGCGCCCCUUCACCUGCUCCGACUGCGGCAAAGGCUUCAAGUCGUCUACGCACCUGUUGAUGCAUAGGCGCAUGCACACCGGGGAGCGGCCGUACACCUGCAGCGACUGCGGCAAGGGCUUUAAGUCGUCCACGGACCUGAAGUUGCACAGGCGCCUGCACACUGGGGAGCGGCCCUACACCUGUUCCGACUGCGGCAAAGGCUUCACCCGCUCCAGCAACCUGCUGGAGCACCAGCGCACCCAUACCAGCGAGCGUCCC